AUGGUUGCCAUGCUGAAUCUGAGUGAACGUGAACUCGGAGACAAACGAGUGAAUCAGAUCGCUGCUCUACUGCAGGAUAAACACUGUGAAAUCAACACACUGAAUCUGUCUGGGUGCAGUAUUACAGCGAAACAGUGUCUCAUCCUGACGUCAGCUCUGAAAUCAAACCCAUCACACCUGAGAAAGCUGGAUCUGAGCUGGAAUGAACUAGGAGACUCUGGAGUGGAAAACCUCAGUGAUCUUCUGAUGAACCCACAAUGCAAGCUAGAAAAACUAGAUCUGUGUGAUUGCAGUUUUACAGAGAAACAGAGUCUCAUCCUGACUUCAGCUCUGAAAUCAAACCCAUCACACCUGAGAGAGCUGAACCUCAGUUUGAAUCAAAUUAAAAACACAGGAGUGAAACACUUAUGUGACGUACUGAAGGAUUCACACUGUAAACUGGAGAGAUUGAGAGAAGCUCUGAUUCAGGGAUUUGAAAUCUGGCAACCGCACACAUGA